CGACCGCAGGCGCAAGAUGAGGUCGGGUGGGUAGAGAGAAGAAGAGGAUAAAGCUUCGGUUCUGCAGUCGUUGUAAGUGCCAAUUCCGUCAACGCCCCUCUGAACGGGGCCUGAAUGUCCGGAAGCCUACCUCCUGGAGAUCCAUUUGCCCCGCCGACAAUGGACCCCACCAAUCCGUACAACAUGCAGAUGAUGGGCCAGCGGGGCUUACCUAUGGUAGGCAUGCACCCGGACAUGUCCCAGGGCCCCCACCUUCCUCCCAGGUCCAUGCCUCUACAGAGAGGUCCACACGGGAUGCCUCCCCCGCCAGGAAUGGGAAUGAUAGCCAGCAACAAUCCCUACGGUCCGUCGGGCCCUCUCCCUCCCAACAUGAGUGGUGGUGGGCAGAUGAUGCCGCCGGUCGCCAUGCGCCCCAGCAUGAAUCCCAUGGGCCAGAAGAUGCCCAACCCACUCAACAACGUCCAGCUCCAGCAGCUGAGUGCACAGAUCAAGGCCUACCGCAUGUUGUCUCGCAGCAUCACGCCACCAGAGGCCCUCAUCAGUAUAGUCCAGGGGAGGAAACCAACCGCAGCCAUGUUGGGCUCUCUCAGUCGUGGCAACACUGCCGGACAGCAGGGUGGGAUGGGAGGAUACCCAAUUAGUGGAGGGGUUCCCUCUCCAGCGGGGUCAGUCGGAGGGAGGGAGUCUCCAGCACAGACUAAUAUCAGUCUCUACCCUCCCUCCCCGUCCACUGGAGGGGCGGGGCAUUCCGAUGGAGCCACACCCCCAGUGAACCCGGCGCCUCACCUGAUGCAGAGCCACACCUCAGGAGCUGCCCCCAAUGUCACCUUACAACCUGGCGGAGAACUACCUCCACAGGUGAAGCAAGCCAUGUCAUCGUCCCAGAGUGUGGCAGUCAGUGUCCCCACACCUCUCCCGGCUGCCUCUCACUCCUCCUCGGAGCCUCCUGGCAAACCCACGACACACGAGGCGUCCCAGAGCACCUCCGGCGGCCACCACCACCACCACCAGCAACAGCAAUCUGAACAACAACAGCAGGCGACACAGCAGCGUAAGACCCAGUCCACUAGCUCUUCUCUGAAGCAGGUGAAGCUGACAACCAUGAAGCGUCCUCCAGGGAUCGACCCCAUGGCCGUCAUGAAGGAGAGGGAAACCCGGAUCGAGGCCCGCAUAGCCCACAGGGUGUACGAGCUGGAGAACUUGACUGCCAGCCUCCCUGACCCCAUCAAACGCAAGGCCAUGAUAGAGCUGCGGGCACUGCGACUCCUCAACUUCCAGAAACAGCUGCGAGCUGAGAUUCUCUCGUGUUCUCGACGGUCCUCCACUCUGGAGACUGCCCUCAACCUCAAGGCAUACAAGCGUCCGAAGCGCCAGUCGGUGCGAGAGGCAAGGAUCACAGAGAAACUGGAGCAGCAGCAAAAGUUGGAACAGGAGAGGAGGAAGAGGCAGAAACAUCAGGAAUAUCUUAACAGCAUCAUGUCUCACUCGAGGGAUUUCAAGGAGUUCCACCGCAACAACAUGGCCCGCACCUCGCGACUCAGCAAGGCCGUCCUCAACCACUACGCUCUGUUGGAGAGAGAGCAGAAGAAGGAGCAGGAGAGGGUGGAGAAGGAGAGAAUGAGGCGACUCAUGGCGGAGGACGAGGAGGGCUACAGGAAGCUGAUAGACCAGGAGAAAGACAAGAGGCUGGUGUACCUCCUCCAGCAGACUGACGAGUACAUUGAGAGUCUCACCGACAUGGUCCAGCAGCACAAGGAGCACCUCCAGAAACUCAAGAGGAGGAAGAACUCCAAGAAACGAAGACUCACUGUGGAGCAGGGAGCAGGGGAGGAGGUGAAGGAGGACUACAGAGUGACUGUCAUUGACACCUCCACGGGGAAGAAACUGACGGGAGACCAGGCCCCCCUCAAGAGUGAGCUGGAGCAGUGGCUCAAGGAACACCCCAAUUAUGAGGCCAUGGACAAUGAUGAGGAGUCUGGAUCUGCUGCUGAGGAUGAAGGAGAGGACAAUGAGGGGGUGGAAGCAGAGGGGGCGUCGACCAAGGACAUCGACCCCAACAACCCCAGGGAGUACAUACAGAAGACCUCGGCCACUAUGGACGAUGAGUACAGCACGAAGAAGGGGACCAUGCAGAACUACUAUGGCAUUGCCCACACUCUGAGGGAACCCGUGGACUCCCAGCCCACUAUCGUGAUCAAUGGCAGGCUCAAGGAGUACCAGAUCACGGGACUGGAGUGGCUGGUGUCUCUCUAUAACAACAACCUGAACGGUAUCCUGGCAGACGAGAUGGGGCUGGGCAAGACCAUCAUGACCAUUGCACUGGUUGCAUACCUCAUGGAAACGAAGGGAAACAAUGGACCCUAUCUAAUCAUCGUACCCCUAUCUACCAUGUCCAACUGGGUGUUGGAGUUUGAUAGGUGGGCCCCCUCCGUCAUCAAGAUUGCCUACAAGGGAGCUCCCGCUGGGAGACGUUUGCUGACUCAGCAGAUCCGCCAGUCGCGGUUCAACGUACUCCUGACCACCUAUGAGUACGUCAUCAAAGACAGAGCCACUCUGGCCAAGGUUCGGUGGAAGUACAUGAUAAUAGACGAAGGCCACCGGAUGAAGAACCACCACUGCAAGUUGACCCAGGUCCUCAACCAACACUACCACGCUCCUCAUAGACUCCUCCUCACUGGAACUCCCCUACAGAACAGUCUGCCUGAGCUGUGGGCUCUGCUCAACUUCCUCCUGCCCACCAUCUUCAAGUCUGUGGCUACAUUUGAGCAGUGGUUCAACACACCUUUCGCCAUGACCGGAGAAAAGAUGGAGUUGAAUGAGGAGGAGACCAUUCUCAUCAUCCGUCGUCUGCACAAGGUCCUCCGACCGUUCCUCCUGCGGCGGCUGAAGAAGGAGGUGGAGUCACAGCUCCCUGACAAGGUGGAGUACGUCAUCAAGUGCGACAUGUCGGCCCUCCAGAGACAGAUGUACAGCCACAUGCAGAAGAGGGGCAUUCUGCUCACAGAUGGCUCCGAGGCCAAUAAGAAGGGCAAGGGUGGUGGUAGAGCUCUGAUGAACACCAUAGUCCAGCUGCGGAAGUUGUGCAAUCAUCCGUUCAUGUUUCCGAACAUUGAGGAGGCUCUCUGUGAACACAUGGGACUCAACACCACCUACAUGACCGGACCAGAGUUGUACCGAGCGUCUGGGAAGUUUGAGGUCCUGGACCGGAUGUUGCCAAAAUUCAGAGUCACCAACCACCGCACCCUUGUCUUCUGUCAGAUGACCUCUCUCAUGACAAUCCUUGAGGACUACCUCAACUGGAAAAACCUGGCCUACCUUCGUCUGGACGGAGGGACAAAGGCAGACGAGAGGAAGGAGCUGCUGGAGAUGUUCACUGCCCCAGACUCUCCCUACUACUUCUUCCUCCUCAGCACCAGGGCCGGGGGUCUGGGUCUGAACCUGCAGGUGGCCGACACUGUCAUCAUCUUUGACUCUGACUGGAAUCCUCAUCAGGACAUGCAGGCCCAAGACAGGGCUCACCGUAUCGGCCAAACGAGCGAGGUGAGGGUUCUGAGGCUGUGUACUGUCAACAGUGUGGAGGAGAAGAUACUGGCAGCUGCCAGGUACAAACUCAACGUCGACGAAAAGGUGAUCCAGGCAGGGAUGUUUGAUCAGAAGUCCACCACCAGUGAGAGGAAGGCUUUUCUUGAGGCCCUCCUGGAGGAGGAGGCCAUCGAGGAAGAGGAAGAGGCGGAGGUCCCUGAUGAUGAGCAGCUUAACGACAUGAUAGCUCGAAAUGAAGAAGAGAUCCAAUUAUUCACUCGCAUGGACAUGGAGCGGUGCAGCAGAGAUGCCAUGGACCCCAAUCUUCGUCACAAACCUCGGCUCAUCUCAGAGGAGGAGCUGCCUUCGUGGCUGCUCAAGGGAGAGGAAGAGAUGGACCAGCUAGAGUACGAGGCCAAUGAGGGACGGCUGUUUGGCCGGGGGUCAAGGGCCAGAAAGACUGUGGACUAUUCUGAGAUGCUCACCGAGAGAGAAUGGCUCAAGGCGGUGGAAGAUGGCACCCUGGACGAGACAGAGGCCAAGAAACAUAGGAGGAGGAAGAGAAAGACCAACGACCCUGAUGAUACUACUCCUCCUGCUAAGCGUAAGAAGACGGGACGAGCAGGGGCUGCCCUGCUAUCGGCGAAAAUGACCCGUAUGUUGGCCAAGUUGUGGGAGAUGACUGUGGACCACAGAGACUGCACCGGUCGACAGAUCACCGGGAUAUUCAUGGUCCUGCCCACCCGCAAGGAGCUCCCCGAGUACUACCAGAUCAUCCGCAAACCCAUCGACUUCAAGAAAAUCAAGGAGCGUAUCCAGAAGGGCAAGUACCGUGGUAUAGCAGACAUGCAGGAGGACGUCCUACUGCUGUGUAGGAAUGCUCGUACCUACAACCAGGAGGGCUCUCAGAUCUACCUCGACUCUCAGGAGCUGGAGAGGGCAUUUAUGGAGGCCAAGGCCCAGGUGGAGAGUGGAGCAGUCGACUGUGGGGAGAGUGACGAUGAACAACAGAGAGAGGGAGAGGGAUAUGUGUCAGAUACUUCAGAUGGUAAGGUGUAACGUGUCUAACUAGGGUAUGAGGUAAAUGCUCUCCAUUGUUUUAUGUUGCUGUGGAGAGAGUUGAUUCGGCCCUAGUACAGCAACAACAACUUGAUUGUGUACAUUCUAUAGUCUCAUACCUACUACAUUAAUUAAGUCCUUUUGGGGUAGUUGAAUAAUCUCAUUGUUCACACUCUAGUGUCCACACCUCGAUCCACUCCAAAGCUAAAGGGUAUUCGACCAGAUAGAGGCAAGGUAAGCAGACGAACAUUGUGGGUAUAUAAUGCUCUCAGUACUGCUGAUAUAUAGUAUUCUCCUGUGGGUGUCUGUCUACUCUCCCCAGUGCAAAUGUGUCAGUUUUCAACUGCUUGAGCAGCUGCAACGUGCUCUGUUUGACUUAUUACAGAGCGUGACGCGGGAUAGAGAAGCGUGUUAUUUGCAGAUCUACUGCAUGAAUGUUGUUGUGUUUCUGUGGCAGGGACGAAAGAGGAAAGGCCCAGGGAGACCGAGGAAGCACCCGAUGAUAGUGGAAUCCGACAAUGACGAGAGUGAAAUUCAGUAUGCAGCGACGGAUUACGUCCCAUCCCCAGCCUCAUCCUACACAUCCUCCCAGGUCCCCUCCCCCGCCUCAUCCCUUGCCUCAUCCUCACACUCCAGGAGAAAGACAUGAUGCCGUCCCCAGCCACUGUCCAUGCCCUCAGUGACCACUAAUAUCAUAACUUAUGUACAGCAAUCAUGUACAAACUACCAUACUGUUAUACCUGUAGUAGUUGUUUGGUUCAUUUAACUGGUAUGGCAGAUUUCAUGAUGACAUCAUCAUUUGGGGAUCGUCCACGUUAUUACUAUAGAGUGGCCUUGUUUGGAUUGGCACCACAAUGGCCAGAUUUCGGUUCUACAAUCUACUUUACUGCAUGCACAGCAGUCUUGUCGUAAGUUCUCUGUUCCACUUCUGUAGGUGUUUGUUCCUUUCAUCAAGGUCCCUAAUUGUUUCUUGUAACUUCUGGUUGUGUUGGUGUAGCAGUACCAUGUGUUUCUCUGCGUUUGCUAAAACGUGGCAGUCCAUGUCUUUACGUGCCAAUCUCUCGGUACAACCAGCAUACCUAUACUGACAGUCCACAGUUUCAAGUGGACAAGUGUUGUUCAAGUGCUCUUUCAAAUCCUUGCGUCUCAUCUCAGUGUUACUACAGUGGUUGGGACAUAUGAUGAGUACUUCAGGGCACUCGUCGUGGUGAAGAUUCACGGCAUUGUGGGAGACAUCUAGCCCGCAGUAAGUGCAUCUCUCGCGUCGAUACUUGCACAGCUUUAGGUGUCGCUCGUAGUCUGCACGCCUGAUUGUCUUGUAGCACAUUUUGAAUGGACAUGUGGACUCUGCGUAAUCACAGCUAUCGGGGGACAUAGGGCUAAGGUGUUGGCUCAGACACUCGCAACGUCCUCUCCACAAACAGCCGUCUUUGAAGUGGAUACACCUGGUGUAUGCCUCGUCGAUCUCGCGUCUCAGUGACUUGUUGAGAAUGUGAGCAAAGUUCUCUUGUCUGCAGUGUGGACACACUUUCCUUGGUCGGUGGGCCUGCAGCCAACCAGUGAGGCAGGGCUGGCAGAUGUGCUGGCCGCAGCAUUCAGUGAGACAAGGAUCAACCAGGGGCUCUAUCUUACACUUGACACACGAGUAUUUAUGACUGGCAUCAUAGGUGUCUAGGGUGGUGGAUUUGGAGGGGUUGACUCGAGCGUUCUGUGAGUGGAUUUCCCGCAUUAGUGACUUGUUCUCGAUGUGUUUGAAGUUCUCCGUGCGACACUGCGGACAGGUUUUUCGCCCGAGCCGCUGCCUGUUGUUCUCAUCCCACUGAACGAGGCAGGCGUUGCAGUAGUGUUGGCCGCAGCAUUCGGUCAGGUGCGCGUCCCGCAAGGUGUCGAGGCAAAUGCUGCACUGAUACUUUGGGUCGGUUGUAAGUGAUGCCAUGAUGCUGCGCUGCUGCCGAGUCUCUGCACUAUCAGGUUGUACAAUGCCGGGAAUCCCCGCGGAAAGUCCGAUCGCUGCAUCGUUAACCCUCGGCGCGCAUGCGGGCCCAUCCAUCAAUUGGCAGUUACAACAUGGUAUGCGCGUACGUCACCUACCGCAUAGCCUCUGUGCCUGCCUUGCAGCCUGCUGAGAUAUUUAUGACAUGUCUCACUAAAUCCGGACCUUUUUGCUUUUUUUUGAAAGGGUAGAUGAAAGCCAGGGGUAGAAACGAUGGAGACAAUGUAUUGGUGUCAGAUACUAGCUUGGCGCCGCACCAAGUACAAGAAUUUCAAUUAGCGCGUUGAGGAAUGCACGACCUUCGACGACUUGCUCGACCUAUGCUUAGUUUUUUGACAAAACAGACGGAGCAUUCGCUUGAAACCACACGGAGAGUUGUAAAAAGGAUCAAAGUAAGGUACUGUGCAUUUAGCUUAGCUCUAGGGCUCACGCUGUGAGUGUGGCAGAGUUAUUAGUAUUCUUCACUAUAUCUUGCCGAGCGGUAGGGGAUCGCUGGGGAUAAUAGGAUUUUCAGUAUCUUUCUUACAUAUUACAUCGAGUCAGUUGCAAAUCC